AUGAAUUCGACAGUCAGAGGCUUCUCAACCGCCGCAAGAGUGCAUCCCUCCAUCUUGCCACAUCUCCACGCCUCGCCGCGCCGCGCCCCCAUCCGACGCUGGGUAAAAACAGCCAUCAUCAUCUCCGCCGUCGGCUACGCAUCCAAAUCCUACCUCGACCUCACCCGCUACUCCCCCGCAAACGAUAAACUCCGCGCUGCCAUCGAAGAACAGGACAUCAACGAGUCCCUGCGGCGGCAGCGCAUGAUGGAGGACCUCUACGGCGGCAGGGAGAGCCUGGAGGAUCUCGAGAAGGGCGUUGCCGAGUAUGCGAGGCGGUGAU